UAGUACGUCAAUGGACACGAACGCACUCUGUGCCGGUUGACAGUUCAUCUUGGUAGCUCCGUAUGUAUUUACAUUUUGGUUUAUUUGUUUUGAUAGGUGUUGAUUUCCAUAAAUAAAGUGCCGCAGAUUUAUUUUAAAAAAACUGAAGGAAAAACAGAAAAAUGAUUCCAGAUCCACUGCUCUUCACGUUUUCUCUCAUUGAAACCGGCGGACUUCUGUUUCUACUGGUGUAUUAUACCAUCAUUUUAUCCGAUUUAGAAUGUGAUUAUCUGAAUGCCCAGCAAUGUUGUUCGAAGCUCAAUUUUUGGGUCAUUCCGAAAUUGGUGGCACAUGCAUUUUUAGCGCUAGCACUUCUAUUCACAGGGCAUUAUUGGCUGUUUUUGUUGAACGUACCGGUACUUGGGUGGAGCGGCUAUGAACUCUAUAGCCUACCGUCGGGAAACAUGGGCCUGUUUGAUCCAACCGAAAUUCAUAACCGUGGAAUGAUUAAAAAACAUAUGCGCAAUUGUAUGAUCCACUUAGGCUAUUUCUUGAUUUUUUUCUUCAUUUAUCUGUAUUGUUUAAUCAACGCGCUUCUCAAAGGUGAUCCAAUUAGACGGCAUGAAGAUGGCGAGAUUGUCACUGAGUUUUAAGUAAACACCGGUGAAUCUCCGAAUAAUUGUUAAGAUGACCCAACGUGAUUAACAGCAACAAAAAAUACUCAAAACAGCUACGUUUUUAUUGAUUCAAACGGAAACCAAAUUAAUACGAAAUCUCGGAAAUGUUUGCACAUAAGCCGCUCCUAUUCUUUCUGCUUAAAUUUAAAUAAAUAAAUAAAUAAUGAAAACGUAAUUUCGGCGGUGUUGGUACCAAUUGUGAAACUUUGCAUUGCAAAAUGUUGACAUUGAAUCAAUUUCAGUUGUCACACGCCGAUAAAAAAAAAUCUAUUUUGUGUAUUGAACCAAAUUCGCUCAAGCUAAUUAUCAUCAAUUUGGCAUUAAAUUGGUUUGAGACAGUAUUCGUAAAAAUCAACAUGAUUAAAAAAAUGAAAAUAAAAAUAGAUUCUUCGUCACACUGUCAUUAUCAGCUGAUUUACAUGAGAUUACGUAGUGAGCAAGGUAUGAAAUAAGAAGAUAAUGAAAGAAUAAGAAAAAAGAAGAAGAAUGGACAAAAAUAAACAAAAAGAAUCCACAAAUCAAAUGGAAAACGAUUUUAAACCGAAUUUUCGACGCCAAUUCAAUUAUGUUUAGAAGACGUAAAGUCGAUUGAUGCCAAAACUGCUUCAUGGAGUGUCAAAAUAUUACAUGUAGAAAUUCCAAAUUGUGAACCGGUCAAAUAAACGAUUUUUUUUUUCAUCAUUUUGGUUUCAUUUGUACGUUUAUGUUAUUGAACGCAAGAAUAGUUUGCUUGUAAAUUUGCACAUAGCUAAAUUGCGUUCCAAAAAAUUGCGAAUUGUUUUCCGUUUAUUUUGUAUUAAAUUUUUUUCUUUCAUGAGAUAAUUGUCACUUAAUUAGACUGAUUGUUUAAACAUCGAAUUAUUUAAUUAUGUCCCCCAAUUCGAAGUUACUGAAUAAAAAAAAAGCCGAAUGAAAAAUGUAAACAGUUCGCGUUUUUUGAAUUUAUUUAGAUUGCUAAUAAAAAGAAAUAGCGGUGAAUCAGUUGUAUUGUAUGUUAGUUGCCAAGGGAAAAGCGGGAACGAUUGCCUUUUUAAUUCAGCUGAGCUAAGAAUAAACAUACGAAGAAAAUAAAAAA